AUGAUUUCAGCUGCGGCUCAAUCCACCCCGCGCGCCAGGCUGGCUCUGGCCAGAGCUUCCAUCACAUCUGCCGCCCAGCAGACUCGCCAUUACCGCUAUGGUCCAUGGCAGGUCGAAAAUGACCACGACGCCCGCGGUCGUCAUCGCGCCGUUCGCUAUACAUACAUGGAGACGAUCAGCCGCAGACUCUCCUGGGAUCAGAAGAGUGCCCGCGCUGCCGCCAAGUGCACAACACAAACCACUCCAGCGUAUGCCCACCCCAUGUCCAGCACCAGCGCCAGACACGCCGACACUGCCAAUAUCAGGUCCUGGUCCGAUGGCCUCUCGCAUAUCGGCGCCGACAAGACGACCAGCGCCUUCCAGCGCGAUGCUGUUGACCAGCUGCUGCGUCCUCAGCAGGACACCCCUCAGGCCAUCGAGAACCUCCGCCUCCCCCUCAAGAGCGUCCGCGACUACGUCCAAGAAUUUGCUCCCAAAGAUCCCACAAAAACUGUCAACGCCGAGAACAUGAUCGAGGCUACCUCACAGUUCCCCAACUACAAGGACCUCAAGGCAUACAAAUCAUCCAGCUUUGACGACCCUGAUACGCCCUGGGAGCUCACUGCCGAGGAAAAGUCUAAACACUACAACGACUUGAAAAAGUACCGGCCUAUUGAGUGGAACGAGCCCGACGGCCUGCCCGCGGAGAGCGCUGAGCAGUACAAGGAUCUCCACGAAUACAAGCCCUCCAAAUGGAAUGAGCCCGAUGGUCUUCCUGGUCGUACGCCCGAGGAGCAGACCAAAGACUACGACGAUCUGCACAAGUACGGUCCCGUCACUUGGAACGAGCCUGAUGGGCUCCCUGGCAUGACUGCCGAGGAAAAGACCAAGCAUUACAAGGACCUCGAAAAGUACGGCGCCGUGACAUACAGCGAGCCGGAUGGCCUCCGCCCCUUGACUUCAGAAGAGCUCUCCAAGAACUACGACGACUUGGACAAAUACGCCGAGGGCUUCAAGUGCAAGGAUACCCUACUCAAGGCUCAGCAGGUUCGCGAGAUGGACGCUACCCCUCGUGGGACCCCUCGUCCGGACAAGGUCGAUGUUAAGCCCGCCGACUACGCCCAAGAAUACAAGGAUCUGGACCAGUACGGCCCCGUCCGCUGGAACGAACCGGACGGGCUGCAGCCUCCCACCCCUGAAGAAUUGACCAAAAGUUAUGAGGACCUGGACCGUUAUGCUCAGUACGACAACGCGGACCCUACGUCGCCUCGCAUUCACCCAGAGGAGGCUUCCAAGCGCUACGGCGACCUCACUAAGUACGAUGAGUUCCCCAAUGCCGGCCCUGCAGUUGCGCGGAUCCACCCCGAGGAAGCAUCCAAGCGUUACCGUGACCUUUCGGCCUAUCCCAGGGCGGGUUUCGAAGAGCCCGGCGUCAAGGAACACGUUCACCCGGAGGAGCUUACCAAGAACUAUUCUGAUCUUUCCAGCUACAACCCCCGCACUUUCGACGCAGCUAACAGAAAAUACCCGACUCACCCCGAGGAGGCCACCAAGAACUACAAGGAUCUCAACGAAUACGAUGAGCCCAUCUUGGAUGACAUUUCCGCUCACUCCAUCUCCCCCGAAUUUAAUGAGCACGAUCUUGAGAUCCGUCUCAAGACUGCUGCUCACCAGUCCAGUGCGGACCAGCAGGCGUUUGCCCCCAGUGUGCCCAGCGGCACCAUCAAGGCUGCCGCUAAGCGCCGCUUCGUCAACCUUGAGGACGCCAAGAAGCGCUAUCAGACCUCGUUCGAGGCUGAGGUUCCCAAGGGCCCGGUCUCCGAGGCACAGCCUAUUGUUGACGUGGAGCUCGAGGCUGCGCGUCGCGCCGAGAAGCUCGAGGAUGGCAAGUCCGAGUAUGCCGCCGGGUGGGGUGCCGAGGAGCACCAGCAACCACCGGUGGCCGAGCAGCUCGAGACGGUCGCUGAGCAGCGACUCUCCAAGCUCGAGGCGGCCAAGGCCGAGCACGAGCGCCGCUUCGAGCAAGAGGGCGACGACGGCGUCAGCUCCAUGGACGAGAGCUUCCCCACGGGCAAAGCCUCCGUCCAGGACUCGCUCAGCAAGCUGUCUGCCCACCAGGGCAAGGGCACGCAAGCUCAGCAGGACCCCUACUCAAAGCUCCCGCAAGGACUGGAAGUAAGCUACUCACGCGAAACUGGCGGUAAAUCGACAUGGCCGACGACAGUAAGGCAUUAUCAACCUAAAGCUAACGAGGACGCAGAACAACACUCGCCGUCGCCGGCAGUGAGUGGGGGACGCGGUGAUGAGGCAGCCGUCGCCGAGUACGUGGUGCUGGCAUUUAACCCGGAGACGCGGACAGUCAAUAUCGCCGAAACGAGCUCGGCGGCCGCGGAGUCUCUAGACUCGUCGUCGUCUCCAUCGCAGCAGACGCCCGUCGAGGCCAUCAUGCGACUGUCGCACCCGGCAAAGUUCUUCCCGCACUUUCAGCCCCUGCAGGCGCGCGGGUACGAGAUUGUCUCGGGCCGCGGCGACGUCCUCAUAUUCCGGAAGGUCGGGCGCGGCGUACCGGGGGCGCCCCCGUACGAUCCCAGCGCGGUCGGGCGCAGGAGGCGCUCGCUGGGCAAGAGGCUGGCCCUGGGCACGGCGGGCGCCGCCGGCGCUGCGUAUGGCGUCGGGAUCUUGGCGGAGCAUCUGUCGACGACUGGCUUGAUAUAA